UACUUAUCACUCCUGGUAGACAGCCCCAUCUUAAUUGCUGCCAUUUUUGUCACUGGCAUUGGUGGGACAUUUCAAUAUGGAUUCUGUGUAUCUGUGAUGACCUCCCCCUCUGCUUUUAUAAAGGAGCUGGUGAACCAAACAUGUCUACAGAGAUACAGUGUCUCCUUGGACCAGUGGCAGCUCUCUCUCAUCUGGUCCUUCACCGUGUCCAUUUUCUGCAUCGGGGGCUUAGCGGGGUCGCUGGUGUCUGGUCAGCUUAUCUCAAAAUUUGGCAGAAAGCAAACCCUUUUGUUUGGCAAUUUUGUGUCUAUAAUUGGAGCUGUGUUGAUGCUCUUGAGCCAAAGAGCCAUGUCGUUUGAGAUGAUCAUUGUGGGACGAUUUCUCUAUGGCAUCAAUUCAGGAGUCAAUCUUGCAGCUCACACCAUGUACCUUAUUGAAUGCGCCCCCAAGAACCUGCGAGGGAUGGUGGGCGUGACCCCCGCUACCUUCCUCUCCUUGGGGAAGUUCAGUGGUCAGCUGCUGGGGAUCAGUGAGUUGCUUGGUACACGGGAGAGGUGGCCCUGGCUGCUUGCAUUCAAUGGUAUUGCAGCGUUACUCCAGCUCGCCACCCUGCCCUUCCUGCCAGAGUCUCCCAGCUUUCUGCUGCUGAACAGAGGGGACCGCCUUGCCUGCGAGAAAGCUCUGAGGAAGCUAUGGGGCAAAAUUGACUACAGCGGGGCUGUGGAGGAGAUGUUGGUGGAGAAGGCUGCCUUGCAGAGCGUUCGCAGCCACUCAGUGAUGGAGCUGAUUCAGAACCAAGCACUCCGCUGGCAGGUCCUCACCAUCAUCGUUCUCUUUGUCACAUUUCAGCUCAGUGGCAUCAGCAGUGUGUACUUUUAUUCCUUUGAUGUGUUUCGUGAGGCAGGAAUCCCAGAACACCAUUUACGUUACGCCAACAUGGGAAUAGGGCUGUGUGAGCUGGCCACCUCUGCAGUCUGUUUCAUGAUCGUCGAGAAUACAGGCAAGAAAGUCCUGCUGUUAAGAGGAUUCAUGGGAAUGUCUGCAACACUGAUCCUCCUCACCGUCACUCUGAACCUGCAAAGUCAGUUUUCCUGGAUGCCGUACUGCAGCAUGGUCCUUAUUUUCUUGUUUGUUUUCUUUUUUGCCGGGGGACCAGCUGGAGUAUCAGCUCCUCUUCCAUCUGAAAUGUUAACUCAGUCGUUCAAAUCGGCUGGAAACACCUUGGCCUGCAUUAUUGUCUGGACACUCAUGUUUUUGAUGGGGAUACUUUUCCCUUUCUUAGUGGAGAAACUGCAAUACUUUUGUUUUCUCAUAUUCCUGUUUUUCUGCGCCACCUGUGCGCUGUACGUGAAGUUUAACGUCCCUGAGACCAAGAAUCUGACAGCGCUGGAGAUUGCUGUGGAGUUUCAGAGGAUGCACUGCAAAUCUGGAGGAGAGAGAUCGCAGAGCAAAAUAUCCGCUGAACAGAAACUCGACGGAAACCGAACAGACGACACUAAACUGUGA